CGCACUUCACAUACGAGAGUUGAGGAGAGAGGGAGCCGAGGGUGCUGUUUAAAGAGGAAAGGGUCACAUGCAGUCACGGGCCUCCGCUCCCUCCUCUUCCUUCCUGCCGCGUUGUUUCCCGACGGUGAAGGGGAAGAAGCCUUCCUCAGUCUCCAUGGGGAAGAAGAAGCGCGCUUCUGACCGAGACGCCGAUACCCAACUCAUCAACUGUACCGCUUCCUCCUCUUCCUCUUCUACUUCCACUUCUUCUUCUUCGUCUUCUUCUUCGUCUUCGCAUUCUCCUUCUGACUCCAUCGGCAAGGAGGACAAUGGCCGUUACUUUGACGUCUAUGGCCCUGAGGCAAAAGCAGAAGCUACUAUUAGAAGUCCUCGGGCUAACUCGACUUUAAAUCUGGAGGAUGUUCAAGGGCUUGUCACCUGGGUCCUUGGAGAAGGUGUCAUGCCAUCAUGGAUAUUUAUAAAAAAUAAGCCACUUAUCUCAAAAGUAGUGCUCCUAUAUGUUCCAGGCCUUGAUGCAUCACUAUACAUGUCACAGUCAUGUUUACUCAAUGGCCUGAAAAACUGUUGUGGACAUCCAAUGCCAGUUUUAGCUUUGAGUUGUAUACUAGAUGGAAUGCAGACAAUUGAUGCGCUUUUGACUUGCAAACAGAAAAGAAAAUAUCGGGAGAUAUGUUCAGAGAUUCAAACAUCUGAAGCAUCUAUGAAACGAGAUGAUAUACCUACUGGGAAAAAGGCGAAAGAACCUCCAUUUCCAGCAUCUUAUUACACUCUUACAGAGAGGGAAAUGGAAGAAAAUGGAUAUUGCUGUAUGCAACCAGGUUUUGUUUCAACUCUUUCUGCACCUGCAGGUUCCAGUUUCUAUGACAUGCUGGCUGUUGACUGUGAAAUGUGCGUCACAACGAAAGGCCUGGAGCUUACAAGAGUGACAAUUGUCGACAAGGAAGGGCAGGUGGUGCUUGAUAAGCUGGUUAAGCCUUCUAACAGUAUUGUUGACUAUAACACAAGAUUUAGUGGGAUAACUUGUGAAAUGCUCAGUGCUGUGACUACAACUCUACAAGAUGUUCAGGAAGAGUUUCUAAAACUUGUUUGCAAGGAUACCAUACUUGUUGGUCAUUCGUUAGAGAAUGACCUUUUAGCCUUGAAGAUCUCACAUAAGAUGGUGAUAGAUACAGCUAUCCUCUAUAAGCAUCCUCGUGGCGCCCAUUUCAAAUCUGCACUUCGAGUUCUUGCAAGGAAGUUUCUUUCUCGAGAGAUUCAAAAAUCUGCAUCUGGGCAUGAUAGUGUUGAAGAUGCAAGAGCUGCCAUGGACUUGGUGUUGCUAAAGAUCAAAUAUGGUCCUGAAUUAGGUUCCCACACCCCAGUUUUGAGGAAGAAAUUGGUCUCACUUUUAAGUGAAAAUGGUCAGACUUCUUCUCUAAUUGAUGAUAGUUCUGUGCUGAAACGUUAUGCAAUUGGGCCAUGCCAUGCAAUCUCUGUCGUUUCAGAUGAAGAUGCUCUUGGAAAGGCAAAAAAAGAGUUAAACAAUGAGAGAAUUAAUUUCAUUUGGGCCCAAUUCUCAGAGUUAAAUAGCUACUUUACCAAGCAAGCAAAGGAUGAUAAAAAGCUAGGUGCUCAAAUUGCGGAAAUGAUCUCUUUGAUGACCUGCAAUGACAACUCUGGACACAAGAGCUUGGUUGAAAGUUGUAUCACACCUGAACUCAAGGAAAUACUAACUCGCUUGGACACUAGAAUACAGAGUCUUUAUAAUGCAUUGCCUACAAAUUCUCUGUUUAUUCUGUCAACUGGUCAUGGAAAUAUCGCCAUCGUCCAGAGGUUGCGGCAAAUGCUUCGCGAUGAUAGUGAUCAGACGGUAUGUCGUGACAAACUGACAAAGGUUUUAGCUGAACUCCAGGCCCAAGCAGAGGUGGCUCUAUGCUUUGUAUCUGUCAGGCACUAAUUAUUGCAAUUCUUUUUAUUCUUUAUGUAGUUGUGUAAUUUUCCAGCUCCUAUUUGCUGUAUAAUGUAGUUAUAUAAAUAUAUACAGGAGAGAGAGAGAGAUUUUGGGUACAUGGUUAAAGAGGUCUUGGAGUAAAACAUGAUUUGUAACACGCCCUGGAAAAGGAACCAUAAAGAGAUAUUAAUUAGCUGACUGAAUUCAUCGACUAAUGAAAUCCAUGCUACACAUUAAAAUUUUUAUAA